AUGAGCCGAUCAUUAACUUUCAUUGCCGAGUUGAACGAUCACGCUGUUUGCCUGCUGCAACACGAAGACUAUUCGAACGGUUUAACUUUUUUACGCAAAGGGCUUCGGGAAAUUCUCUGCAUCAUUCGUAAUCAAUCACAACACAAGAACGAUAUCAAUACAGCAUCUGAGAUUUCAAUUUCAUUGGUUACCAUCUCUGAAAGCACAAGAGGGGACUCAGACAACUGCUUUUCUCUACUAAACCGAGGCCUUACGUUUACUUCCACUGGAACCUCUCCUAAUUCCGGAAAUACCCAUACCAAGGUGACCUCAGUCCUUCUGUACAACUCGGGCCUCGCUUGUCAUUUACAAGGUCUGAAAAGCGGAUCAUCGGCCCAUCUGAAAAAGGCCGUGCAGUUCUACGAGAUGGCAUUGUCGGCCAUCGAUAGUCUUGGUACGGGACGCGACGACUUUUCCGCCCUCGCGCUCUUAGCCCUGGCCAACAAUAAAGGGCACAUCAAGUCAUGCUUUUUCGAAACAGAAGAGACAAGAAGCUGCUUGGAACUCCUUUCAGGAACGUUUUCGUCCAUUUCGCAUCCCAGCGCUAUCAUGGGAGAAUCAGAGUACCUCGUCUUCUUCAUGUCACUUCUUUAUGGGCAGCAGAAAACACCACAUCCGUUUUCACCGGCUGCGUAA